CCUGAUGUCCAUUUGCGGGGAAACAAAACAACAAAACAGUAGAAAGUUUAUCUUUGCAGUGCCUAUGGAUGAACCCCUUUCCUCACAAUGCUGAGGGUAGCCAUUUUCUAGACACAUCAGGGAAACCCUGCCCUGGCCUCUGAAGGCAGCACUCUCCACUCCAGAUGCCUGCCCUCCUGGAGUCUCUGGCAGUUGUGCCCUUCUGCAGCAACUUGGUUUGGCUGGGGCACAGGAUUAUCCAUCCCCAGGAAAUGCCUCCCUCCGGUCCAGGCAGGGAUCCCAGCACACACACUGCUGGUGGAGGGAGGGUUGAUGGAACGCUUCCUCUCUGCAGGUCAAGAUCUGGGGACCACCUGGGGCCUUAAACCCUCCCCUCCUGGCUGGGGAAGUGCCCAGUCCAGUGCCCCUUCCAUGGCCACCUCCCCCUCCUGGCUGUGUGGGGGCAUGAAUCAGCUCUCACAGCUUGUUAAAAGCUGGACCUCUUGUUUUCGUGCCCUCACCUCAGGAAACAGAGUUACAGCCUGUCCAGCUCUACUCAGCAGGAGGCCAGGGUCCUCACUUUAUAAACAUGCCCAGCCUGUAAGAGGAGAGGGCACUGCCAUGGUAUGAGACCAGAGCCCAAGGAGAGAGAAACCCAAGAGUCAGGAGCAAGGCAAGAAAGCAAAGGGAUAAGAGCAGAGGAAUCUGAACAAAAGCCAACAAGGGUCUGAGAGAGCUGAAUUGCAGGAAUGGCUCUAAGGAUGCUCUGGGCUGGACAAAGCAAAGGAAUCCUGGGAGGCUGGAAGAUCAUCUGCUUGGUUGUGUCUCUACUCCUCCAGCACCCAGGAGUUAACGGCAAGUGUUACUUCCAAGCUCAAGCCCCCUGCCACUAUGAAGGGAACUAUUUCACUCUGGGUGAAUCUUGGCUCCGCAAGGACUGUUUCCAUUGUACCUGUCUGCAUCCUGUUGGUGUGGGCUGCUGUGACACGUCUCAGCAUCCCAUUGAUUUCCCUGCUGGCUGUGAAGUACGCCAGGAGGCAGGAAGCUGUCAAUUUUCCCUGGUGCAAAAAUCUGACCCUCGGCUGCCCUGCAAAGGUGGAGGACCCGACUUAGAAUGGGGCUCAGCUAACACCCCUGCUCCUGGGGCUCCUGCUCCCCACUCCAGCUAA